GGUACCCAAUCAGACAUGGCGGACUCAGGAAAUGGACCGAGUGUCAAAGAAAAAAUACCUGUAAACAACAGUGUUCGGACUAGAAAUGCUGGGAUUAAUGGAACGGCCAAUCAGGACAACACUUUAAACAGCAACAAGGACGUUAAUAACAGCAUGACCACCACAGAAUAUUGCGAAAAACUGCAGGAAUGGAUGUGGCAAUACUACAGUGCAUACGUGAAUUGGCAUAGCUGGAUGUCAGUUUUUACUCUCUCUUGCCCUCCUUGCUUUCCCGUACCUUCCUCGUCAAGUGAAGCCCAGGCUUCGUCCUCCUCCAGAACCGACUUAUCUGCCUCAGACCCUCGCAACUGGUACAAUCCACUUGCUUUUCCUGUGCCACCCCAUUUUUUCCCUGCCCCACCUGCAGCAGGUAAUGCUAACCAAGCGGGUGACACUAACGUUACCCAGUCAACGGUUCCAGGACCAGUACAGCAGCCGCCGCAGCAGCAGCAGCAACAACAACAGCAGCAAAAUGGGAAUGCACAACAACCUGGUCGGGAAUACACCAUACCUUCCCCCCUCCAGAGAUUUAUGGCAGAGAUGGUGGAUUUCAUAAUUUUGUUCUUCAUAAAGGCAACCAUUAUUAUCAGCAUCAUGCAUUUGAGUGGAAUGAAGGAUAUAUCUAAGUUUGCCAUGCAUUUUAUUGUGGAGGAGAUUGAUGAAGAUGCAUCCAUGGAGGAACUUCAGAAGAUGAUGCUUGUGGCACUUGUCUACCGCAUACUAGUCUGUUUUUAUGAGAUUAUAUGCAUCUGGGGCGCCGGUGGAGCCACCCCAGGCAAGUUCCUUAUUGGUCUGCGUGUGGUCACCUGUGACAGCUCCGUCCUGGUACAACCGAACCGAGUGCGUGUUGUUCCUGCAUCAAAUGUAUCUCUCUCUGCGUCUACCAUACGAGCGCUGAGCAAAAACUUCUCCAUUGCUUUCCUCUUCCCUGCCUUCGUCACCCUCCUCUUCUUUCAGCACAAUAGGACUGUUUACGACAUAGUGGCUGGCACCAUCGUGGUCAAACGGCGGGGGGCUAGAUGACAUUCCGGGCGAAGUCUACUCUUGUUGUGGGCACUGUGCCGCUUUGACCAUUGAUCCCUCUGGUGCUCCGAGAUUGCUUGUAGUACCAUCCAAUUUCAUGAGAGAGGAACCAUAAGUUGAAACCCUUUUUGACCCAGAGAUGGAUGUGAGCACCUGGACAACACAUGGCUAAUCUGUGAUCCUGCAUUCACAGCAUUUUUGAUAAAGUAUUUUCCUCAUUUCCCCCCCUGUCAUGCCAUCCGUUUUUUUCGGAGCCAAAUGUAGGCAGAACAUACUUUAAAACCAUACAAAUGCCAUAUAUUUUUCUGAUGUCAUAGGUAGGUGAAAGAGUGUGUCGUGGUUGGUUAAUUUAUGAAUAUGUAAUAAAUUAAUGACAUGAAAUCUAAGUCACAGAAAUAUUGCACACCUUUCCCUGGUUUUUCUUUCUCACCACGUUGAUUUUGGCAAUGAUAUGAAGAUUAUAAGAUUGGCCUGUCUAGUUUUCCAAUGAUGUGUUAUGAAUGUGUUUCUCUAUUUUAGCCUUGAAGAGAAUUGCUAUAUUUAUCAGAAUAAUAAGUGUUAUUUUACACAUGUAGACAUUCCAUCAUUCAAUUGAGCCACUUGAAGUAGAUCUCCACACUUCCACAUUUCCACUGAGCUAUGAAAUGCUUGGAAUAUGGACACUUCUCUCUUCGAUUGAAAUCUACACUCUGUAAACAUACUACAGACAACAUGCGCCAGUGUCCAGUGAUUGAUUUGCUGAUUUGUUGUGUGAAAGCUGAGGAAUAAUUUCACUGACAAAUUAUGGGAUGGGGAGAAAUUCUAUAGCUUUCUAUAUUUUCUUUCUCUGUUUGAAGAAUAGCAUGGAGUGUAUUAUUUAAACAAUUGAAUAAGUGUUUUAAUGUAUUUCUCUCAUUUGAUUAUUAUUGUUGCUUUAACAAAAUGAGCAAUGCUGAUUAUCUCAGAGAUGUUAGAGUUUAAAGCUGGCAAUAUCGCUACUGAAUGCAAGAGCAAAAAUGUUCUUUUACACCAAAAGUAUUAAUGUUAUGUUUUCUCACACCAACAGUAACAUUUAUUAUAUAGUUUUUUUUUUUUUGUUUCGUUAGUUUUUUUCUUAGAAUUGGCCAAAUGGUUUUCACAAAUGAGAUGGAUUCUUCAGGUCUUCCUGUGGUUGCUGGUGAUACUCUUGUUGUGAUAUAGCCAUAACAUACAAAGUCUUAAUUUUUCAUGGAAACGGUCAACAUUUUAAUUCGAUUAGUACCCUUUGAUAUCUCAGUAUGGGGGUAUGUGUUUUUUUACACAGUAUUUAAUAAAGGAGAACUUCAUGUU